AUGUAGUGUCGACGGUUGCCUGGGGAACCAGGGCCUGCUUGGUGGCUGCCUCCAGGAGUACUGAACGCGCUGUCGCACCGCCCUCCAUCAGGAGCCCCCAGGGCCUCCCGGGCUUCCGCAGAACUCCCGCCCGGUGGACGGCAAACGGGAGCAGUCGCCGGGAGCAUGGCAGUUCCCUGGGAGGAGUACAUCCGACUGGCCUCGCAAGAGAAGCUGCCUCCGAAGAUCCCGGAACAGAAUCCCAACCACUUCCCGCCACUGCUGAGUCUGCUGGAGAAGAGGCAGGAGUUGGCAGAUGCGGACCGGGGCCUGCAGGCCCAGAAGGAGGCUUUCCAGACCAGAAUGGCUGUCCUGAAAGAGCGCCGGGACCGGUUGCAACAGAAGCAGCAGGAGCUCAAGGGGUCCUUUCACCGCUUUGACAAGUUCUUGCAGGAUUCCGAGGCCCGGCGCAGCCGUGCGACGCGGAGGGCGGCGGAGGAGCGACACCGGGCCGGCCGCCAGGAAGCCGAGGCGCUGCGGCUGCGGGCCCAGCUGGAGGAGCUGCAGCGGGAGCGCGCGCGGCUGCAGCGUCGGCUGCAGCGGCUGGAGCCCUGCGCGCGCCUGCUGGAGCAAGCGCUAGAGCAGCUGCCCGAGUUCCAGGAGAUCCCCGAGCUCGUGUCGCGCUUCGACGCCCUGGCCGACACGCUGGCCGCGCUGAAGCUCACCAAGCGCCAGCGGCUGGCCGAGCUGGAGGAGGCGCGCGCGCGGCUGCAGCGGCUGCGGGACACCUGGCGGGACGAGCUGCUCCAGCAGAGCCAGCGGCGAGCGCAGCUGCUGGAGCGCCUGGAGGCGGCGCGGGAGCGCACGCUGCACUGGGAAUCCAAGUGGGUGCAGAUCCAGAACGCAGCAGCCGAGAAGACCUUGCUGCUGGGACGCGCCAGGAUGUCAGCGCUCAACCUGUUUCAGUUGGUGUGCCAGCAUCAGAGGCAGCCACCUGUCCUGGACAUCGAGGACACCGAGGGGCAGCUGGAGCAGGUGAAGCUGUUCAUCCGGGACCGCUCUGCCAUGCUGGCCAGCCUUCCUCGGGCCGAGCCCGCGGCCCCCCGCUCCGUUGCCUGA